AUGGAUGCGUACAACGGGAGCGCCGUAGUCGCGAUGGCUGGGAAGGGCUGCGUGGGGAUUGCCUCGGACACUCGUCUGGGGGUGAACCAGUUUGGAACCGUCAGCGCGAACUUCCAGAAGAUCUUCAAAAUGAACACCCACACCUUCGUCGGCCUCGCAGGGCUCGCCACCGACGUCCAGACAGUACACAAGGAGCUCGUUUUCCGCUCCAAUCUUUACCAGCUUCGCGAGGAAGUUCCCGAAAUGCCGCCUGCAAUUAUGUCUAACGUUGUCGCCUCCAUGCUUUACGGACGCCGAUUCGCGCCCUGCUUUGUCUCACCCGUCGUUGCGGGCUUGGAUCCUGCGACGCAUGAGCCGUUCCUCUCAGCCUUCGACUACAUCGGCGCGGCCUGCUACGCGAAGGACUUCGUUUGCAACGGGACGUCCGCUGAGCAGCUCGUCGGCGUCUGCGAGGCCCUUUGGAAACCCGACAUGAACGAAGAGGAGCUCAUGGAGACUCUGUCGCAGAGUCUCUUGGCGGCCGUCGAUCGAGACUGCGUCGCUGGCUGGGGCGCUGUCGUCCACGUGAUGACCCCGACAAAAAUCACAACGCGCCAGCUGAAGUGCAGAAUGGACUGA